UUUUAUGGAAACAUGUUUUUCAUUCGACGCCCAUCACCAACAUCGCCCUAAUUCUUUCUCUCCACUUCAGACAGUGGGCGGCUGUCAAAGGCAACCAGCACCCCAGAAUCGACAAUAGAUACAGAGUCACACACAGUUACAGACGUAUUUGUUUGGUUUUAGCUUAGACACUCUGUAUCUUGCGGUUCCAACCCUAUCAAACGAGUCUCUGAUUCAUAUUACAACCUCUGGUAACCGACAUUCAAUCGGAAAGCAAGAAAAAAAUGGGUAUGAAGCUGUUCGACGAUAGCUCCGAUGAUGAUGAUGUGGCGAAAAUAUCAGAGAUUGAAAUCGACAAAGAGUUCGCUAGGCGUUACGAGCACAACAAGAAACGCGAGGAUUUGCAGAGAUUUGAAGAGCUGGAGAAGAAAGGCCUCGCCGGAGAAGAAUCUGGCAGCGAUAGCGAAUCGUCAUCGGAAGACUUCGAUUUGGGUAAGAACGAUGAUUUGACUUUCUUUGAUGCGUUAAUUAGAGUUAAAAACAACGACCCAGUUAUUGAAAACAAAGAUGUUAAGUUGUUCGAAUCUGAAUUUGAAUCCGAUUCCGAAGAGGAGAGUGGGGAGACGGAGGAGGAAGAAGAAGGUUUAGGUCGAAGAAAGAAAGAGAAGCCCAUGUACUUGAAAGAUGUUACGGCGAAGCUUUUGAUUGAGGAGGGUCCUGAGUUUGAAGAAAGGGAUGAGAAUGAGAAGGUGAAGAGCUAUGCGGAUGAGCAAGAGGAGUUAAAGAAGGCAUUUUUGGAUGCUGUCGAGGAGGCUAUGGAUGAUGAGGAAGGAGAGUUAUUGAAGGAGAAAGGGAAUGAAGGUGAUGAGGAUGAGGGUGAUAGUGAUGACGGUAUUGAGAUUCAGAACAAGUUGGAUGAGUAUUUUGGUGAGGAUGAUAAAUUGGAUGAGAAUGAGAAGUUUUUGAAGGAUUAUUUUAGAAAUAAGAUGUGGGUGGACGAGAGCAAGGGUCAGAAUCCGUUGGAUGAGGUUGUUUUUGGUGUUUCGGAUGACGAGGAGGAGAUUGAGAAGCAAGAGGAUUACGAGAAGGAUUUUAAUUUUAGGUUUGAGGAGAAAGCAGGGGAUAGGGUGUUGGGUCACUCAAGGUUUGUGGAGGGAUCAGUGAGGAAGAAAGAGAAUGCACGCAAGACACAGAGGAAGAGCAAGGAGGAGAGAAUGGCACAAGCGGAGUUAGAGAGGAAGGAGGAACUGAAACGCUUGAAGAAUUUGAAGAAGAAAGAGAUGAAUGAGAGGCUCAGAAAGAUUAGGGAAACUGCAGGGCUCGGUGAAGACAUGUCUUGCCCGUUGGAUGUGGAUGAUCUUGAGAAGGAAUUUGAUCCUGAGGAUUAUGAUAGAAAGAUGAAGGAAGCAUUUGAUGAUGAUUACUAUGAGGCAAACGAUGUAGAUGCUGAGUUUGGGAGCGAAGAUGACAGUGAAGCUGAGAAACCCGAUUUUGAUAAAGAAGAUGAGUUGCUUGGACUUCCGAAAGGUUGGGACGAUGUGUCUGGGUCCCGUGAUGGGUUCAUAGCAGCCAGAGAAAGAACUUUAAAACGUAAGGUAGACAGUGGAACUAAUAAUGAACAGGUAGGAGGAGAAGAAUUAGUGCCUGAAGAUGGUAAGCAGAAGAAAAAGCAAAAAAUGUCCUCUCUUGAGAAGGAGGUUCUAGAGAAAGAGUUGGAGGAGUACUAUAAGUUGGACUAUGAGGAUACGAUAGAGGACCUAAAAACAAGGUUCAAGUACAAAGAGGUCAAUCCUCAAAAAUUUGGACUAAGUGCUGAGGCGAUCUUAAUGACGGAUGACAAAGAAUUGAAUCAGUUUGUUUCUUUGAAGAAGCUGGCUCCUUAUAUGGAGAAGGAAUGGAAGGUGCCUCGAAGUAAGGUUCACAACCUAAAACAGAGGAAUAAGCUGGUUCUUGAAGAAGAGAAAUUGAAUGGCCAGAAGAUUGGUAAAAGGACCUCCAAAGAUAAUGGUCAGAGAAUGACAACAGUGACAGGUGCAGCAGAACAUGGUAAAGCACAACUGGAGGAAUCAAAUGAUGACAUGAGCAAGCUAUCCAGACGAAGCAAGAGAAGACGUCGUCAAGCUGAAUUCAAGCUAUCACAGUCGAGGCUUUUGGCAUAUGGGAAAAUCCCCUCUAAACCUAAGAAUAAAAGGAAGUAGUGACGAUUGGCUUUGGUUUUGGCGGAUGCAGCAUUGGAGGUGAUCGCUUUGGUUUUGGCGGGUGCAGUAUUAUUGGUGAUCUCUUCCAUGAGAAUUUUAACUUUUGUGGUAAUCGUGUUAUGUUUUUUUAAUUGGUAGAUAGAUUCUUUAUUAAUAUAUCUGCAAUAUUUUCUUGAGACAUUGGAAAAUCCGGAAGGUGUUUAGAAUGUUGGAUGCUUUUGAUUUGACAACUCCCUUCAUUGUUGUUUCUAGUUUAUAUUUUAUAGCUCCAAUAACAUUAUGUAGCUUUUGAACUUCC